UCUCCUGCCGCGCAGCAGCUCAGCGUAUAGCUGUGUUUCAGGAGCUGGGAAGAACCGGCUCGCAGAGGAGCCAGUGCAGAGCAAGCCCCGACGCACCGUCGAGCCUCGGCACGGCUGCUGAGCUCUGCCGGGGGCUGCGGAGGGGACCGACGGCCCCUGCGCCUGAGGGAAGGCAGCAGACUCCAGCUCCCCUGGCUAUAAAAGCCACGAGAGGCCUGACGUGGGGCUGGUGUGAGCUGGGAAUGCCUCCCUGGAAGCAGAUUAGCUUUACAGGAAGCCUGUUGCCAACAGCCUGCCCUGUUAUACUCGCUGCUGGGCAAGAAAACUGAGGAGAAGCUGAGGGCAAGCCACAUCUCAGAGGCAGUCCAUGGGGACUGUACCAGAUCCUCUGCGGUCUGCCAAGCUUUCCCUGGUCACAGCUUCUGCUGAGGAGAACUCCCUGGGAGACCUGCAGUCUGCUAAGCACCAGCCCCAACUUCUCAGUGGAGAGAGGGCCAGCAAUGGCUUCCCGUGCGCACUGUCCGGCUCUGCUGGAGUUCACUUGUUCGACCUGAACUGCACGCCGGCUGCCAGCGCUCGGAGGUGCAAGCAGUGCCAUGAGGACGAUGCUAGCCAGCAGGAAGACUUCCCUGCAGGGCUCGCCAGCAAAGCUGCAGAGAGGUGUCCUGUGGCCCUAGAGGCUGCUGGUUGCUCCUGGCCAGCGGGCAGCCUGGGACCAGCAGCACCAGCCCCCGCUGUGGCAGGAGCCCCCUUGGUGGGGCAGGGGCCAGAGAUGAUGCCAGCCCCCCAGAGCUCCCGGCAGUUUGCGCAAGGCAGCCAGGUGAAAACAAGCUCCCUGACACAAAUGGAUGACUCUGCCUUGAAACCUCAGGGGACUGAUGAUCAGCCAGCACUUGAGGUGUUAAAUUAUUCUUCCCCUGGUGAUCCUGUUAGGGGUAAUGAGACCUGUCAUACUUCUCAGACAAACCUUUUGCAAAGAGGGGGAAAAGACUGGGACGCAGAAAAAACUCUUUCUGCUGCAUGUCAGUCAGCCUCACCAGCAAGGCACACGGAAGCUGACCUGGGGAGAAACCCACAGAGCAGUUUGGAGGCAAAAAGCAGGGCUGCAGACACGGUGCACUUGCAUCCCACAGAUAAAACUGAAGAGUUGCUGAGCAGUGAGGCCCAAGCCCAGUCUAGCCACAAGAGUCAGCAUCCUGUACCCAAUGCAGCUGCUGAGCCAGCAAGUCCAGGCCCCACCCAGCUCUCCAAAUUCAGAGAAGCAGGUACAAUGACGGUUCAGUCAGAGAGCAGGUCCUCUACUCAGGAAGCAGAAAGCAGGACAUGGAGAGAUGCUGAGGUACAGGCCGUGGCUACCGUGGAGAACAAAUCAGCCUCCACCAGUCCCAUCAUCCUUGCUGCCUUUUUAAAAGGGAAUCCUCCUCCAGAGGAGAAGGAAGAACUGCAUAUCAUUUACCAAGGAGGUAUGGGACUGAGCCAGUCUGCACUUACUGACAGUUGCUCUUCACAACAAAAGUCUCUAUGUUCUCCUGAUACCACGUCAAAAUCGAGUGCUGUUAUGGCUGUUACUGCUUCAGCCCAAUCCCAGCCUGUCAAACUGCCUGGGGUCCCAUCUGACAUGGGGCCUCUGGAUAAUGCAAAACCUGCUUUCCCCUUCUGCCCUGCAGCCCUUAUCUCCAAAGGGAUAUCUGUGGGUAAUGCUGAAGUGAUCGGCACAGCCCAUGACAGCAAGGAUGCUGCUAAGCUGCCAGUGGAUGCUCCUGUCCCACCAAAGCCCAUGCCUGCUGAGCAGCUUGCGGGUAACUCCAGUAACCAAACACCAGCACAGUCUGGGCCUGGCACUGGUGAUCCAAGCACCACUUCUGCUGCCACUGUCCCAGAAACCAAGACCAACAUCCAAGAUCUUGUCUGUGAUGCCAGAAGCAGCCGGUUACCUUUACUCUGUAGCACAGACAGCGAAGUCAAGCAGAAGGUCCUGGGCAGCUCUGAGGAAAAGCCUGUGCAAUGUAAAGGUGCCAGUCAAGGUGAGGCCAUUCCUAGUCAAUCUGUGGUAAAACCAAAGGAAGAAAUCUCAAUGGUGCUUGAUCCUAAAGUGAAUGUUAGCAGCGAAGCUGCUGCUGUCCACCUACAGACAUGCUUGGCGGAUACAGGUGAAAAGGAGGAGAGCAGGAGGGGAGAUGCUGGCCAGGUUGAGCCGGCCAGUGGUCAGAGCCUGCAGACAGGACUGACACCUAGGUUGAGUGCAAGUUCUGCACAUGUCACCCCCUCCUUGGAGGCAUCAGCAGCUCCCCAACAGCGAGGCCUCCCAGCCAAGGAGUCCAGACGCGAACUUCACACAGCAGCUCUUCCUGCUUCAGCUCAGGUCCUGCCAAACCUGGAUGAAAACAAAAAGCAGUCCACCCUGGCCAUGGAGGCGAAAGUGCAGGUGAAGCAGUCCAAGCACAUCAGGGAUGUUGUGUGGGAUGAGCAAGGCAUGACGUGGGAGGUUUAUGGUGCUUCCCUUGAUCCAGAAUACCUGGGAAUUGCCAUCCAGAACCACUUACAGAGACAAAUACGGGAACACAACAAACUGAUCCAGGCCCAGAACAGUCAGACCCGGAAGUCCAUUUCCUCAGAUACAUCCUCAAAUAAAAAACUGAAAGGGAGGCAGCACAAUGUGUUACAGUCCAUGCUGCAGAAUUUUAGGCGUCCUAAUUGCUGUGUCAGACCAGCUCCAUCUUCUGUGUCAGACUGAUGUGGUUUGCAGGGGUGCAUAGGUGUCUGCAGCGGUAGAGAGAAUCCCUCCCCUCAAGUCUCAAGUCCUGCUGUUCAGUUGUGUUAUUGGGGUUGUGAUGCAGCAACAGUGGAAAAUUAUUCUCCUUUGUUUUCUGAGUAGCCACGUGCUUCAUCACACUGUUACUAUUACCACAGCUGGUGUAUUUCCACAUUAUGCCCCCAUCCUGACUACAGUCAGGUGAGAAGCUAGGCACUUAGCAAAAGCACAAACCUAAAUUGCCACCUUGCUGCAAGGAGAGCAGCACCUUCUGAUAAAGCAAGACACAGAGAGAUUGCCAGAAUUAUUAUGGGAGCUGUUUGUGUGCACAUGAGGUCUUAGACAAAGGGUAAACUGGGGGAAACUGGGUGAGGUGAAAAUAACAGUCCCAACAGCUGUAAGACCUAAUGCAAGACAACUUUUCUGGAGUGUAAAAGUUACCCAUGCUGAGGCAAGUCCAUGAAAAGGCUACCGAUGUUGAUCACUGAGCAACCUCACUUCUGUUGAUCCUGUGGGGGCACCAUUCUCAUGUGAGCCCCAGGGAGCCAGGUCUUAACCUCCCAUUGAAUUGGAGAACCAGGCAGAGAGUGAAGAUCAAGGCUGAAGGAUUAUCUCUUUGAGAGAAGUUAAGUCAAUGAGAUUUUGAUGGCUAGAGGGGGAGGUGAGAGAGGGUUAUAUUCUGUGGGCUUUUCGUCCCCUGCAUCAGCCAUGCUUAAGGUAUAAGCAGGCAAUGCACACGGGGCAGGUGACAUGCAAGAGAGCACGUCAGGAGAUGUACCCACCUCCGACCGAACUGUGUCCUCACUCGUGCUGUGAUGCUCCAGCCAAGUCUUUUCAAAAGCAGUGAGCUGUUCCAGCUCCUCAGUCGGGGUGGACAGCUCCUGCUCCCAUCCUCCUGUGGCACGAGCAUCUCUCCUUUGUUUCACUCUUUUAAGCACUGUGGAUCCUUUUUCUCUCUCCAGAGAUGCACAGUAGCAUUCUCCUAGUGAAGCAGGCUAUCCUGGCCAUCUGGGUCCAUAGCCUAUGUGUCUAGUGUGUUGCACUGUUUUUUUUUUUCCUUUCAAGUCCCUAGCCAGCUCUACUUUUUUUGCAGUAUUUUGGUGCUUUUCUUGCUGCCUUUCAUGAAGUGAAUACCAUUUAUUUAGCCUGUGCAUAUUUUGUUUUACCUAAUGUUCUCUAUAUUAUAAACCAUUAUAUUGUUAACUAGAAACACUUACUUUACAGAAGUACUGAAAUCUUGAGACAAUCUUCACUGUAUUUCUAAUGUUAGAAAAGUUUUAGAAACUGCUAAUAAAAGCUAGCUUAGUGACUGUUUCUCCAGAAAUGUGAUAUACAGUAAUGUCUUAAAUGUAUGUUGGUCACAUUUCUCACCUUAAUAAUAUUUUUCAACCUGGGAAAUGUGUUUCCCACUAGCUUUUUAUUCUGUCCACUAGACUUUAUGAUGGGCGGGUGUGCAACUCCUGCAGUUUGUAGAAAAUUUCGUUUUCAGUCCUGCGAAGCACUGAGAAUUUGAAUAUUGUAAUCCUGCAGAGUACUAUAGUUAAAUAGGGGUCAUUUUUAUUCCAUUAAAGAUUUUUCAUGAAUCAUGACGAUAAUUUUUUUCUGUUUCUAGUACCACAUACUGGACUUACUUUGUAGAUCUGACCCUUUAAAAUUACCCUAUAAAUAUUACAGGUAAAUAUAAGUGUAAAUUAGUAUUAUUAUUUUUAAUUCUUUCUUUCUGUAAAGCAGACCUGAGGUGGUCCUCUUUUAUUAAGAAGGUCAGACUUUUUGAGUCCAUCAACUGCCAAGCCUUCAAAGCAGCUAUUUUGGGGCAAUUUUUCCCCAGCAGAGAGGUAAAAUACUUUAAGAUCUGGUGUUUUAACCUUUUUCAAUGAAAGAUGUUGCCCCUAGGCAUAGUACUGAAUUGACUCCCAGUUUUCCUGUGGUUUAUAUUUGGGGGCUUUAUGAUACAUCCCUGUUCUGUUUCCAUACAUUACUUUGUGUCCUCUCCCACUCAGCACUGAGCAACUGAUUCAGAAAUGCCACAUCAGAGAGUGUCUUCCCACUUCUCACCAUGGGAAAAGUCUCCUACCGUUUUUUUGGUAGUACUGCUGUUUCUAUCCGCUUCCUAGCAGUGUCUGAGAUGCAAGUUUCAUGUGAAAUUUUGUGGGGGAUUAAUAUUGGCAGUAUCAUUAGGUCAGGUUAGUUGACAAGUUAGGUGUCUUCCCACAUUUUGUCUUUGCCAGCCCUGAAGAGGUUCCCCAAGUCGUCCACAGUGUUUACUGUGUCCUGGUUCAGGUCCAAGGCUUUGGGCUGCUUCUGUGGCCUCCCUUUUUCCCCUUCCCCUGACAGCUGCUGCCCAGCCUAUCUUCCUGCGAAACUGUGUCCUUUGGCUCAGCUUGUGUCCCUCUCUCCACUGUCCCCCUCGUUGUAGUGUUGUGAGUCAGCUUGCUCUGAACUGUCCCCUUAGAAAUAUGCUUAGUCUGAAUAUAUAAAUGGAUUGUCAUUUUUUUAUUCCAGAGGAGAAAAAAUGGCUAUCGCACUUUCACCGAUUUCCAUGAACUUUAUCCUUUAGCUUAAGCUCUCCAAAAUAUUUCUAGCAUAUAGGUAUGAGUUGCUUUAUUGAGACCAAACUGGGCUUGGCAGUGAAUGAGCAGGGUGCUGAGCCAGCACUGGAACUAACUCUUCUUCCUGAGGAAUGGGAGAUCUCUCCUUUUUCCCUGCAGCUGCUUCCAGCUGUGAGUCUUCACCAGCCGGUCCACCCACACCUCCCACCCUGACCAAACUUUCUACCAGGAAAAUUUUGCCAAUACAUACGUACCACACAUCGCCAAUGAGCAGGUUACUAAGUGGAUGCAUCUGAACAACUGCAUGGAAAAAACAGUGGUCAGCAGAGCACUGUGCUUUUGUAUUCUAGGAAAAUACAAGUGCAAAGACAAACUGAAAAAUGUUGGUGGCACUGCCUGGUGGGCACAGAAAUCCUGCAGGCGUGCAUUUGAAGCCAAGCAAUAAUGUGCCAAAAACCAACACAAAAAGGAGUUGAUAAUCACCAGCGCAUCUCAUGGAAAAUAUUUUUGGCUUUCACUUUGCACUAGGGCAGACUAUAAGCAACCUGAUAGUUUAACACUGGUAAUUUAUGCUUUCUCCUGUGUGCAAUGUCUAGAUGACAAUGUGAUUCCUUGUAGGGAUGAUGCAUCUUUCACCAGCAGCAAAACACAACCAUAUUUUGGGUAGGCAUUAGCAAAUCUCAUGCAUGUGAGUGGUCUUGUAUCAGCUAAGAAAGACUGUUCUCAGUGUCACAUCAGCAUCAAAAACAGACAUGUGGUUGGAUUAGCAGCAUGGCAGAGUGUAAGGGGAGAUCAUCUGUGUGCCACCACCCCACUCUUUUUCUCUGCCCAGUGACUGCAAAUCACAUUGUGUUGGUUCACUGGUUAAAUAACCAAGGAAAUCCGUUUGAACUUACAAAAAGAGGCUUCAAAACAGAAAGUACUCUGUCAUUCCCAAGAAUAAAUCUGUAUGGAGGAAAAAGAAAAGAAGGAAGAAACUUGUGUUGCAGCCUAGCCAGUUGAAGGAACUCUUAAAUUCCGAUUGUUGCAAGAUGACAAAUUCUGGGAAACAAGCUAAUUGCCAGGAAGCUUUCCCUGUUAGCUGUGUCUUCUGGGAAGGCUGACAUGGCCAGAAUCAUUAAUAAAAGCAGUGAAUGAGAAUGGAAGAGUUACUUCUGGUUUCACAUCAGGAGCUUUUCACUCAGAAAGAUGAGAAUAAACGUGUCAAUGUUGCCAAUACAAAGCCUGAGUGGAAGAAGGCAAUUUGCAAUAUAGGCCUGGAUUUCCUGUGAGGCUGCGACAUCCACCCCUGUCUCCGCAUGCUUGGUUGGUGUCUGCCAGCUUUGUGGUGCAGUGGUGCUGAAGUCCUGCCUCAUGUCUGCUGACUUGGUGUGGAAAAAAGAGUGGGGAAAGAGCUGGAGGGACAAGGAGGAGAAUAUCCGUCUUCUCCAUUUCCGAGGAAGAAAUCCUCCUUUUGAACAUACACAAAGGAAUUGCUGAGAAACGUGGAGAGGGAGGGAGUAAAAUAAAACAAAGUUGAUGUGGGUGCUUCAUAAGAAAUUCCCAUUCCUAUGUCUGUAAAGCCAGUGUUUUGCUUAACUUAUGCCCAUUUGUUCAUUCUGAGUCACACAUUUUUCGUAUUGUUGGUCUCCCAUGGCUUUUAGGAAAAUUCAUAUUUCCAAAGGGUGUAUAUUUUGCUGGUAUGUAUAGGUAUAUCCAAAUACAAUUCAACAAAACCACUAGGCAAACAACCUCAGUUUAUUACCACUACUACCACAUAAGAGCCGGUAAAAUGCACUGUUUGGAGAAGUAUAUUUAAAGGAUUCAGAAAAGGUGAGUAUAUCCUCUAAAGAGAAUACUAGCUUUUAUGUUGAAGUUCACUACUAUUUUGAAGUGUUAAAAGUUAGAAGUGGAAAGCCAAAUGAAAAUCAGUGGUGAAGUUGAUGGAAAAUUCGAGUUGGCUGCCACUUGUUUUCAGUUUGGAAAUCUGGAAAUACCAUACCAGUGUAGCUCAAUAUACACAAGGUUUGUAUGAAAGUACGCAUUUCAUUAGCUUAUUAGGUUAAUUGUCUUGUUCUGUGUCUAUCCCUCUACACCUUUUAAAAAUGAAUGCAGAAAAUUACCAAGGCAGAUGAGCCCUUCACACACAGUUUACAGAAAUGGCUGCUCUGAAUGAGAGACAACUGAGGCUCCAUGGUCUUAGAAAGUUAAGGGCUAUGGUUUUGAAGGAAACUCUCCCCUCCUUUUUUUCCCAUCUUUUUGAAAUAUCUCAACCUCUGCCAGUUCAUUUUGUGGUGGUUCUGUGAUGCCUGUAUGAGUGGUCAGUAUUCUCAGUCAUCCCAAAGGUAUGCACAUCAAUCCUUGUCCAAAUGCCACAUACUGCCAAGUAUCCUUGGAGUCACUGGAUGCUGCACCUUCUAUGGGCCUGAAGGUCAGGUCCUGUACAUUGAAAUGGCUGUAAUGUUCUCUUAGGGUCCCAAAUUAUCCCACUUGAGUCAGUGUAGAUGUUUAAAAGAAAGAAUUAAGUGUUAGAGCUGAAUGUAAUUAAUAUAACUGCAAUUAAUAUUUAUAUUUUUUUUAACUGUGAGAUUUAUGGGGUUUUCUUCUUUCUGCUUUUCUGAGCAUCUCUUCCUUCUGAGAAUUUCUAAUGUGAACUUUGCAUCAAAUCCUGGCAAGGAUGAUUUUGCAAUUUAAAACAUGUUUUCAUCAUUCAGGCUUCUUCAAAGAAGAAAAUUAUGUUACUACUAAGCCAAAUCACAGAGAGAGGAAAUAUUUUUUCCUCUAGGAAAAUGUUUGCUGUGGGUAAGCUUAUGUGUGUAUAUGUGUCCAUGUUUAAAAGACGUGUACAUGUCUGAAGGUCUCAUGCAAUACUCUUAAGAUUAUUUUUUCCCUUUGCCCUUCUGAUUGAAGGUUGGAGGCUCAGCAUUUUCCACAGCUUUGAGGCAAGUUUAGAUCCCUCUGCAAUACAGAAACAAGGAUUUUCUCCUUACCCAGUCUUUAAAAAAAUUCCCACAGGUGUAUCUAAAAACAAAGCAGCACUUGGCCACCCUUCAUGUACAGACUGUCAACAGGAAGUGCAGUGGCUGGUGUGUACAGAGAUGCAUACGAAGCUUUGGAAAUCUACACUUGUGUGUACAGAAUUGUUUCUGCACAAAGGUUAUGGGUGAUAGCAAGCCUUUGAGCUCAUGAGCAACAGGAUCACGUCAACUGAGUCUCAUUUGAAAUACUAGACUUUGUUAGCUUUCUCCUUAGGCUGACACCCUCUGGAGUAGAAAUAAAUGACAGUUCUGCUAGCAAAUUCUCCAGUAGUUGCUUCAGAAUAUGCGUCUUUCAGGUGGUUUUCUGCAGCUCUGCUACAACAGGAGGCCCUUCUGCUGAAGGCUUCUCCUGAAAACACUUCACUUAACUCAGUUCAUAAUCAAUAGUUUCAAGUAUGUCAAACACAAGUCUAGCCUCUGCCUUGAGGAAUUUCAGUAAAAUUGAAGAGAAAGGCCCAUGUGUUCGUGGUACAUAAAAUGACAUCUUAAGUCUGAAGUUAAGGUCUCAGUCAAACACUAAGAAGCAUCAGGAGUUUAUACUCAGAACUAAAGGGAGAGAGGGCAGGUGAAUCUUUUAAUUCCUGGCUGUUGCAAGCACCACAAAAAUGAUGGCUGUGAGUCAGUCAGCAGCAGUAGAAAAUCAAUGUAGGGGCUCCUAACAACAACUAAUAUUAUUGUGGCUUUCUUAUUUUUAUAGUUACACUGACUGAAUGUGAUCUACUGUAUGAAGUUAAGCUAGUAUUAGGCUUCCGGAUGUACUGUGGCGUUCAUUCGAGACAUAUCAACAGAAGUUUGCAUGUGAUGAAGUCUUACAGUGAUACAUACUAAAGCGAUGUUACCCACCUGAUCAAGUCCCUUAGGAAUUUAAUGUUUUGCUGUUUUACAUCUGGUUUCCAUGCUGAAUACAAUAAAAUGAACACUGUCUUGAUUA